AUGGCAACAGUUGAAUGCUCAGCAGAUUUGUAUGAGCAGUAUAAGAACGGUGAUAGACUACCUCUGAGUGCUGGAGCAGUUAGAGACUUCUAUUUGCCUGACGUUGAACUGACAAAGCCUGCUGUUGUGCAAAUCCAGAACUUGAAAUGUGAAAAAGAAAACACAUUGAGUUGCUGUGCCCGUGCGAAAAUCUCAGACGGAUUCUUCUACUCAAAUUCUGCCUUCUUCUCUGACAUUUUAACUUCAAAGUUCGAGAAAGAUAACAUUAUUGGAAAGUCAGAUGAUUCUAACACGGGAGGAGAAAUUAUUUUGAUCAAAAAAAUUCGAAAACACGGCAAUCUGACUGCUCAAGGUUUGGUACCUGUCAUCAUCGAGGAUUAUGAACUUCUCAGCAGAGGACAUGAACUUGUGAACAAUGGAAAGCAACAUAAGAUCUCGGAUCUGAAUAGUGCCGAGCAAUUCCGUGAUUUCAUCCCAUCGUCCGAGAUUACCGUUGCUUGGUCAAAAGGACAAAACAAAGAAGCUGCGAAAAACAUGAAAGCUGCUCCACCUGCAAGUGGAAAGCAGAGUGCUGCACCUUCUAACGUUACUCCAAUUAAAAUGAUCACUCCUUAUGUUAACAAGUGGAGAAUCUGCGGGCAAUGCACCAACAAGGAAGAGCUCAGAGAUAUCAAAAGCAAGAAUGGCGAGAUGAAAGUUUUUAACUUCGACUUGACCGACCACAACGGUGAUUCUAUACGUCUUGCUAGUUUUGGGGACACUGCUAUCCGUGUUCACGGCAUCGUUCAGAAGGAUUGUAGUUAUUACAUUUCUGGAGGUACUGUAAAGCAAGCUAAUCGCGCUUGGAAUACCACUGGUCAUGAUUACGAGUUGACUCUCCGUAACGAUACUGAGAUCGUCCCAUGCCAAGACAAUGUCAAACUUCCACCAAUUUCUCUGAAGGCAUGCCCAUUGGAUCGUUUGGUUCAACAUAAAGAUCAGAACAUCGAUAUCUUGGCUGUGGUAGACAAGAUGGAUCCCCUUAACGAUUUUGUUUCUCGCGCCGGAAAAAAUAUGACCAAACGGGAUAUUCACCUCAUCGACGGUACCGGAACGAUUGUUCAACUUGUCUUAUGGGGAGAACAAGCACGCAGUAUGGAUGAGAACGCUCCUGGCCAAGUAAUCGGUAUCAAAGGAUGCAUGGUAAAGGAGUGGAAUGGAAGUAUCAGUUUGAGCGCUAUGGGAGGAUCUAAGAUUGAGUUAUCUCCUAACUUGCCAGGAGUUUCAGAAUUGAUUCAAUGGCAUCAUAAUGAGCGUCCAAAGAUAGAAGCCAAAACCCUCACUUCUAACGGCUCAGGAUUGGAUUCUUUCGCUAGAGAUUUCAAGCUGAUCGGAGCUGCUUGUGCUUUGCAAUUAGGAAACGAGCCUGAUCAACCAACUGGUCGUUACAUCACUAUGAAAGCCAUGGUUACUAACACAAGAGCUGAAAAUGCCAUUUACACGGCAUGUCCAAAUGAAGGUUGCCAGAAGAAGGUGAUUCAACUUGAUUCUCAAUAUCGUUGUGAGAAGUGUAAUACGACUAGUGAUAACUUCAAAUGGAAUUACAUGGCAAACAUGGAAGUGACGGACUGUACAGGAUCCAUCUGGGUUACACUGUUUGGCAAGUCUGCUGAAAAGGUGUUGGGGCGAACUGCUAACGAACUAGGAGAGUUGAAAGAAGGAGAUACCGAUGCUUACAAUGCCGUUUUCGAGCAAAUCCGAUUCAAGUAUCACAAUUGGAGAAUAAGAGCCAAGCCAGAAACUUAUAACGAUGAGACCAAGAUGCGGUACAGCGUUGUUGAUGUCACUGAUGUAAACUACGAUAAGUAUAUCGCCGAAUUGAAAAAGGGUAUUGAAGCUCUUGAAGCUAUUUAA